AUGGGUUACAUACCAAAAAUGAUAUUACCACCAACACCAAGUGCAGCCGAUUUACUUCGGACAUAUAAGUUACCAGCUUUGCGUCGAUUUGCACAAAAUUUUUUACUUGAUCCUCGUGCAACGAGUAAAUUUGUUGCAUGUGCAGGCAAUAUCGAAAAUAAAUUUGUGAUUGAAGUAGGCCCAGGACCAGGUGGUAUAACGAGACAAUUAUUUGAACAUGGAGCAGCACGAGUAGCAGCUAUUGAAAAAGAUGUUCGUUUAUUUCCUGCAUUACAAACAUUAUCUAAUGCUGUUGAUUCUCGUCUUCGACUUUAUCUUGGUGAUAUACUUGAUUUUAAUAUUGAAUCUGUUAUACCUGAUGAUAUUACUGCUCAACAUGGUUCAUGGGAAUCAAAUGAAUCUUCACCAAUUCAUCUAGUUGGUAAUCUUCCAUUUAAUAUUGCUAUUCCACUUCUUAUACAUUGGCUAAAACAAGUAUCAACUCGAUCAGGUCCAUUUUCAUUUGGUUAUCGAAUACCAAUAACAAUAUGUAUGCAAGAAGCUGUUGCUGGUCGAAUAGUAUCAGAUGCAUUAAUGGAUCAACGUGGUCGUCUAUCAAUUAUUUUUCAAAAUUGGUUUGAUUGUCGUGUUAAACAUGUAUUUUCUGGACGAGCUUUUGUUCCAGCAGCUAAUGUUAAUGUUGCUGUUAUUCAAUUAAUUCCAUUGAAACGACCAUUAGUUGAAGUUAAUUAUGAUCUUUUAGAUAAAGUAACUCGAGCUGCAUUUCAUAUACGAAAUAAAAAAAUAGGAAUCACUUUGGCAUCUCUUUUUCAUGAAGAGACUUGCGAUGAAGAUACACGAGAAUUACUUCAUCGUGCUCAUCUAAAAUCAGACACCAUGUGUUUAACAUUAACUGUAGAAGAAUUUGGUCAUCUUGCACAAAUCUAUGGUGAUAUUAUAAGUCGACCUCGACCUAUACAUGAACAACUUGAUCGAAAAAUUAAUAAAGAAGAAUUGACAUUUGAAUUAGGUGAAACUUAUAUUAGACCGGAAAAAAUAAAAACAAAGAAAAAGUCAAAAAAAGAUUGGGAUGAAUAA